GAAAAUGACUAUACUAAUCUUCAUGACAUCUGUCUACAUACUUCCUGGCGUCGUUCUCGCCUCACUGCCGCUAUCAGCUACCACACUGUCGACAACUCUGGGAAGAGUUACAGGAGUAAGGAAAGUUAUUGGAGCCAAUAGAAAGAUCGAUGUUUUCUACAACAUUCCAUUUGCCAAGCCUCCAGUUGGAGGACUCAGAUUUAAACCGCCUCAGUCCGCAGAACCAUGGAAGGGUGAACGUGACGGUACACAGAAACCGAAUUCCUGCUGGCAAAGUGUGGACACGAACUUCGGGCGCUUUCCCGGGGUUGAAAUCGAAGACUGCUUGUACAUAAAUAUAUGGCGCCCCGUGUGUACCCAACAUUGCUCUCAACAAAAACAGAAAUCGAUACUGGUCUGGAUUUUUGGUGGCGGUUUUUACUCUGGCACAACAACUUUGGAUCUUUACGACGCUUCACAAUUAGCGGCGCUGAACGACGUCAUUGUCGUUUCCAUCGCUUACAGACUAGGGCCACUAGGCUUUCUCUAUCUUGGCAACGAUGACGCCCCUGGCAAUGCUGGACUUUUAGACCAGGCUUUAGGGUUGAAGUGGGUCCGAGAUAAUGCGAUUAACCUCGGCGGUUCACCAGAAUCGAUAACGAUAUUUGGGGAGAGCGCUGGAGCAGCGUCUGUAGGUUUCCAUUUGUUGUCUCCCGUGUCUAGAAAUUACUUUCAUAAUGCAAUCAUGCAAAGCGCGUCACCCUUUGCCGAUUGGGCCGUUCUUGAACGUGACGUAGCAAAAAACAGAACAUUAACUCUUAUUUCCAGAGCUUUAUGUUCAAAAAACAAUAUCAGUUCUUCCAUAAACUGCCUUAGAUCUCUCGAUCCUCAAACUUUGUGCGACAAACAGUGGAUAUUAAAUGCUGGAGUUUCAUUUCCCUUCGCGCCGGUAAUUGACGGAUAUUUCAUCCCAGACCAUCCUCUGAAAAUGGUGGAGAAAGGCGAUGUAAAGAAUGCAAACAUCCUUCUCGGCGUCAACAAAAAUGAAGGCAUCUAUUUCAAUGUAUACCAGUUCCAACAAGACUUUCCACUCAAAGGUGAUGGCCAUAUCAGCAAUGAGCAGUUUGAUCGUAUUCUUCCAUUUUACUUAAAAAACGAUAAAAAGGCCAGUGAUUUAAUUAAAGAAGAAUAUAUGAAAGAUUCAAACUCAUCCUAUACCCAACUCCUCGACGCUAUCACUGGAGAUAAGUCUUUCAAAUGCCCUGUAUUAAACUUUGCCAGUAGCCUGACAAGGAAUGGCAAUAAUCAUGUGUACACGUACAGUUUUGAGCACCGAGUGAGCACCAAUCCGUGGCCAGCCUGGUCAGGUGUUGUCCAUGGUUACGAGAUUGAGCUUAUAUUUGGGCUUCCUUUAGCGAUGUCUUCUGUGUACACAGAAGAGGAGAAGUCCUUGAGUCUGCAGAUGAUGAAGCUGUGGACGAACUUUGCAAAAACUGGGUAUGCUCUCUUUGUAUAUAAGUAG